AUGCAGGGCCCUUCGUGCGACAAUAUGGUGAAGCCGUCCGGUGCCCCCUCUCUUCAGCCUCACAGAUCCAACGAUCAACUACAGCAUCAGCAUCAGCUGCAGCCAUCAUCGCCGCACUUCGCUCAGAAUAUACCACGAAGCGACCUGCAAAACCAGUCUACAUCCCAGCAGACGCAGUUUCAUCCUCAGGUACACUCAUACCUCCAAUCACCAGUGACGCCACAGCAGCACAGUUUCUCGCGUGAUCCGCCUCCGUUCACUUUCCAGUCGCCCCCAUUCUCCUCGCCCGCUGUUUCGGCCGUCCAACCUUCUCAAUCAUCCUUUUCUCCCUCUUCGCAGCCUGCCUCGAUGACUUCGCGCGUACCAACCGUGCAACCUUCACACAUGUUUUCACAGCCCGCCACCGGUCUGGCCGGCCCAUCUUCCCACCACUUUCCCGCCAGCACCUCUUCACUUCCACAGCCGUCGCUGUCAUCAACCUCAAACGAUCAUGUCGUCGAUUCCAAGCGCACCUAUCUCGCGACGGGUAAUCCGUUUGAGGAUCCAAUUGCACAGGCCUACAUCGCCGGUCAAAACUUGGAUGAGCCCUUCUAUUCUGUCGCCCCACCCAAAUCUCUUUGGCCCUCGGAUUCCUCCAUGCCACUCGACCUCAACCUCAUGCCGCCGCUUCCGACCGAGCCGAACGACCCCUCUCUCGGCUUCUCGACAGACCAACCAGACUUCUUUGACCCAUUCGCCUCCAGCACACACGCCCUCGACGGUAGUCAUACUCACAGCUUGGAUUCAGCUGCUGCUAUCCUAGAUGAUGCCGACUUUUCGCGAUUCACCGAAGUCAAGAUGGAAGCUGACGGUGACGAUUCAACUCUUACACACCACGCUGCGGGAUCCUCAUCGGCCCGAGCAAGCAAAGACAACAGCACCGGCCUGGCCGCAUCGUGUUCAACAGCCGCAGCAGCUUCCAAGGAUGGUAUUCCGCCACGUCGGCGUACUCGUCGAAGGCAAAACAUCAGUUGUGAUCAGUGUCGCGCCUCGAAGCGAGGCUGUGACUUUCAACUCCGCCUGGACGCAGAUGGCAACGACAUCUUGCAGGCCACCACAGCUGCUGCAAACGAUGAUGAGCAAGUUACGGCCGGCAACACGGGUGACAAGCGCAAAAUAUCUGACGCUGGGCUCGUCGAGGGCGGUAAUGCUUCUGGCACCGGUACCGGCACCGGCAAGCUUAUCUGCUCCAAUUGCCAACGUCGAGGCAUUGAAUGUACCACCAACUUUGCCGACUCGGUCCGAGAGAGCAAGCAGGCUACUCAGACCAACAAGGAGGAACUCAACACUCAAACCACCAAGAAGCGGGUCCUUGCUGACAACUCAUCCGAAUCCGGCAGGCGCUCCAUCUCCGUUUCCAGUGAUGGGACUUCGCCGGGUGGACAGUCUCAAGAGGCUCGAGAGCAGCUACUUAAAGCCUGCCAGAAUCGCAACGAGUCGCAGAUGCUGUCAACAACCGGUGCCAACGUCCGUUUUGCCCAGCGCGCCGACUCCUUGCUCCUGACCACCAAUCGGAUGCGUCUUUAUGUUCACACAGUCGAGCCGAAUGCAAACUUGUGGCUCUCUAGAGCCUGCUCGCCGCUUCGAACCGAUAGUGAUCUCAGUGCAUACAUCAAGCGCACCAUCGGCUUGGACGCACUCAGUCUAUCGCAGAGGCUUUGGGCCUCCUGGCAUGUCGACGCACCGUCAACGCAGAAAGAGCACCAACCCAACCUCUUCUACCUCGUGUACGGAAUCGAUCACCUUGGUGGAGAAAUGGGUGUCUGGGGCGAGAAGCCGCAGCACGAUCCAUCCGCAUCCGUCUCUCAACCUCGCAACCAUGGCUCAGCUCAAGAGGCAUCGGCACAGUUCAACGACAUUUUCUCUGACAUCAUGGGCAUGAGCCCGGGAGGCUGGCGCAGGUCCAAAAGGGACCUGAUGAUCGACGAGGCGGUCAAGGCUGCUAUGCUUGCCUAUGCCUGUCAAUUCCGAUUGGAUGACGAACUGACGUCGAGUAGUGCCGAUGCAGUUUCGCGACAGGCGGCAGACGGCAAAAACUACCGCGAUGCACAUGACCGCAUCGCUACCGCAGCAUGGAAGCGAGCACGAUCGUUGAUCUUGCAAUUGGCACCACGCCGUUCCUGUCGCAUCGCGUAUGGCCUGUUCCUGUUCGGUGUCACAGCUCCACCCCCGGGUGCUUUAGCCGAAGGUGGCUCGCGUUCCGGUGCGGACGCUGUGGAAGACGCUGCAUUUGCCCUUGAGACCGCCUCGCGUCAUCUUGAGUGGUUCGUCAAACGAUGUCGCGAUCUGGUGCUCACCGUGGAAAAAGCGUCUAAGAAUCCUCUGCUGAGCGCAAAUCCACAGUUUGAUCAGCAUCGACGAAUCGCCACGGAUCUCAUGGGCUUGGCCGAAUCGUUAGGCUGGUUUGGUCUGUUGAUCGACACGGUCACGCACGUAUCCCAAGGCCGACGCUCAAGCAUGCGGGAGGACAACUUGGUCUAUCAGUCGUCUGGAAUGGGGUCCGGCACUGAUUCCGGGAUACAGCACGGCCGGGGCCGGUCGCCAGGCAGCGAUUCGAGCACUUUGGAUCGCACAGCCGAGGCUUUGUUCGCGAUGCAAGAUGCGUUGAAUCUCUUGCCUUCUCGACAGGCGCCACCAGGUGCAUUCCCCGGUACUUCCGAGUCAUACAUGCACGAGGACCCAGAAGACGACGGCACGUUUCCUGUCGACACGGAGAUGUCGAGGAGAAUCAUGGAACGAGCCGCGUGCGCUCGCGAUCUCAUCCCUGCGCUGCUACGAAAUCCAGGAGCCUUGGCUAACGCCAUUCCGUUUGACGUUCUGAUCGGGGCCAAUGAUCCGGACGGGCCGCCUGCGCCUGGAGGUGGGCCCAUCAUCAACAUCCACAAUCCUGGUGGCGGGCUCAACGAGCAAGUCGUCUUGCUGGGAGUGGCGUGGGGCACCGCCGUGGAGGUGUACAUCUGGCGACGCGUGGGUGUGUUGCAUACCGCCAGCGAGGCGCUGUUGGGCAUGAAUGACCCCGUGCAGGCGUUAAUAGCUGGUGGUGGCAACAUUGUCUCGGAACGCAUCGAAAAGAUGGCCAUGAACGUGAUCGAAGCGAUUCGACUGUUUCACAACAUCUUUGACCACCUGAUUGCACGCGCUAUGGACGAAUUCAUUCACCUUUCGAGGCAGGCAAGAACGAUGUUGUCAUUCUUUGCGAUUCACAUUCAUCUUGGCGUACUGCAUUUUACGCAGCUGGCCAAGAAGAUCGAGCAGAAGGAGUUGGAGUUGAUUCAGGCGUUCAAUGCUGCGAAUGGUGGAGUGGGGUCGCCGGCCAAGUCGACGUCUAGUUCAAAUGGAGGCGUAAAUAUUUCGUUUUCGCCCAUGGCAGUGAGCUCUCCAACACAGACACAACCGGCAGGAAAGGGGACGUCGCCAUCGAACUCAGAAGAGUCGUCGUAUAACUCACCAGCUUCGAUUCUUGCGAUGCAGAAUGUGCCGCACCAGCAGCUGCGAUCCUUGAUGCUGCACUCGUCGGUCGAGCGGCGGUUGAUCGGUCGAUCCGCAGCGUUGGGCAUGGCGCGCAUGGCGUCGCUCAUCAACGCUGAAUCGGCUAAACUGGAAGAAACAGCGAAACUCGGUCGGAACUCGGCUAAGGCGCAGCCGAAAGACGGCAAAGUUCGCAAGGGUUCGUUCUAUGCGUCACCGCAAGCAGUGAAGGAUUUCACCCCGAUCGAGGACUCGGCCAACGCCCCGUGGCGCCAUCCGUACCCAGCGAUGGUCGCGGACGUGCUCAAGUUGAGCUCGCAGCAGUUGCACGAUGAGAUUUGGGACCAGUUGAUUGCGGUUCCUAGAAACGAGGCGGAGCUGGAUCUGUUGAUGAGAAACUUCAACGUGCUGCUCGAAGGGUUCCGCAGGUUGCUGCAUGCCGUGCCCGGCUUGGGAAGCUAUAAGGGAGAGCUCGAGAGUUUAGAGAACGCACGGGAUACAGCGCAGUUUGUGGCUUCGCAGGGGCACGUUGGCUUGUAG